GCGUCGACCAUCACAUCAAGAAGGUACGGUUAAUCUGGAACUGACGGAACAAGUACACCACAUUCGGACCUCGAUGAACAUUAUCCUUACUGGGGACAUCUUUGCUAAGCCGCGAUGAUAGCCAUCAAUGUAGAAAUUAUCGGAGUCGGGACCAACCAUAUCCACGCGUCUGAGCAUUUUUGUUCCUCUGCCCUAGACCGUCAGACUCUCCCCAAUGUCUGAGAACCCGGAAUUAGUUGUGGCGGUGUGGAGUGUUCACAUCGCUGGUUCUUGCAUAUUCGCUGCAACCACCCUUGUCCUAUAUGACAUUCUCUUGACCUUUUCGCAAGAGGUUGCCUGCGUAUGGAGAAGAAAAUGGAACCUUGUCACUCUGCUCUUUGCUGUCUGUCGGUAUGGCACUCUUGUCGACGUGAUGCUAAAGGUACAAGGCGGUUUUGGGUUUCCUCACUCAAUCAUCAGGUACGAUCAAUAAGUAUUUUAACUACCACUCGCUCGCGUCAGACGUGAAGUUGUAAAGCCCAAGCUUACACUCUGUAUGUAUUCGAUGUUCUCAUUAUGAUUGCCAUUGCCGACAAGUUAUGAAAGACCUACACUCGACAUAUUCCCUGCGGUUCAAUUCAUCUUGCCUUAUAUCCGGAAUUUGGGCGCCGGCCAGGUGAAGGGAUAACUCGUUGAUCAUAUUCCC